CUUUCGCAGACUCAAAAAUGCGCGUACCCCAUUUAAAGACUCUAGCUGACCUCAGCCCCAAGCAAAUUGACCGAGUUCUCACCCACGCUCGGUACCUCAAGCAGGUGUCAAUGCCAUGGCUCUUACCACAGCAGCAUAACUCGAACAAUAAGCUGCGCAUGCCAUCUCAAUCGCUCUUCAGCAAAUCUAUCGCGUUGCUGUUCUCAAAACGCAGUACUCGUACCCGUGUUGCGGCGGAAACGGCCGCGACGUUACUUGGAGGGCGUGCACUGUUCCUCGGACGAGAGGACAUCCAGCUCGGCGUGAACGAAAGCACGCGUGACUCUGCGCGAGUCAUUGGAGGCAUGUGCCAGGGUAUUUUUGCUCGUGUUGGUGCACACGAAGAGAUUGAGGAAUUGGCGAAUUAUUCGCCUGUCCCUGUGCUAAACGCUCUAUCAUCACUGUGGCACCCAACACAAGUCUUGGCGGACCUUCUAACGUUGCAAGAGAACGCACACUUAUUCGACCCAAGCGUAGAGCCACUUGUGUCAGACCCACAUCAGUUCGCCAGUGCCAAGCAGUUUUACCCGCUACCCAAGCUACGCCCGCUCACUGUUGCCUACGUCGGUGACUCUGCGAACGUCCUUCAUGAUAUGCUCGUAUCCUUUCCUCGGCUCGGUCACAAACUUCGCGUUGCGUCUCCGGAAGAUGAGAAAUACCGGGCACCGAAGGCAGUUUGGGACCGUGUUGUCGAGCUGGGGUGCGAUAAGGAUAUCUGGUGGGGUAAGGACCCCAAGGAGGCUGUCAAUGGCGCAGAUCUUGUUGUGACUGACACUUGGAUAUCCAUGGGUCAGGAAGCUGAAAAAGCCGAACGUCUGAAGGCAUUUGAAGGAUAUCAGGUCACCGAAGCUCUUUGUCGUGAAGGUGGUGCAAAUCCUGAAUGGAGAUUCAUGCACUGCCUGCCCCGCAAGCAGGACGAGGUGGACGACGAGGUCUUCUACGGUCCACGUUCACUCGUGUUCCCAGUGUCAGAUAAUCGAAAGUGGACUAUUAUGGCACUGUUUGAACCGCGCGCGCCACCACGAACGACGACCAUGUCAGACGGAGAGGUCAAGCGAGAUGUCAGAAGCCCCUUGCUCUUUGAAUGUGCUUGGGAAGUCGCGAACAAAGUCGGGGGUAUCUACACCGUCAUCAAGACCAAGGUCCCAGUUACCGUCUCCGAGUUUGGCGAUAGAUACUGCCUCAUAGGUCCGCUGAGCUACAAGACGGCGCCGAUGGAGGUCGAAGCGCAAGAGCCCCACGAUCCCCACCUUGCUGGUACUUUGGACGCGAUGCGUAGCGCUGGAGUAAAGUGUCUCUAUGGUCGAUGGCUAGUUGAAGGAGCUCCUCGGGUCCUUCUCUUCGAUACCGGCAGCCAGUACUCACGACUCGAUGAGUGGAAAGGCGAUCUGUGGAACCUCGCAGGCAUUCCGACGCCACCCAACGAUCAUGAAACCAAUGAGACGAUCAUAUUUGGAUACAUAGUAGCGUGGUUCCUGGGCGAGUACGUCUCGCGCCAGCUGUCGACUGCCGUCAUCGCUCACUUCCACGAAUGGCAGGCGGGUCUCGCGAUUCCUCUGUUACGCAAGCGUCACGUCGACGUCACGACGGUCUUUACGACCCACGCUACAUUACUUGGCCGCUACCUCUGCGCGGGCAGCGUUGACUUCUAUAACAACUUGCAGUACUUUGACGUUGAUCAUGAAGCCGGGAAGCGCGGCAUCUACCAUCGAUACUGCAUCGAGAGAUCUUCGGCUCACUGCGCCGACGUUUUCACGACAGUCUCCCAUAUCACCGCGUACGAAUCCGAGCACUUGCUCAAGCGGAAGCCGGAUGGUGUCUUACCGAAUGGCCUCAAUGUUGUGAAGUUCCAAGCGAUGCACGAGUUCCAAAACCUGCACUCGGCAGCGAAGGAGAAGAUUAACGAAUUCGUUCGCGGGCACUUCUAUGGUCAUUUCGACCUUGAUCUAGAAAACACGCUAUACGCACGUAUUUCCGGAUCGCAUACGCUCUGGAACAAAGGCGUAGAUAUGUUUAUUGAGGGUCUCGCACGGCUCAACUAUCGACUAAAGAAGGCUGGCUCGAAGACCACAGUUGUGGCAUUCAUUAUCAUGCCGGCUCCGACACAUUCAUACACCGUCGAUGCACUCAAGGGGCAGGCUGUUACCAAGCAGCUGCGCGACACUGUCACCGAGAUCCAGAAUAAGAUUGGUAAACGGUUAUUUGACCAUGCUAUGCGUUCUAAUGGGGAGCAUGCUACCUUGCCGACACCUGACGACCUGCUAUCGGAUGAGGACAAGGUCUUACUCAAGCGUCGCAUUUUUGCUCUCAAACGCAAUGCGCUUCCUCCUAUCACUACCCACAACAUGGCUGAUGACCACAACGACCCUGUCCUGAACCAGAUCCGCCGCGUACAGCUCUUCAACUCAGAAUCAGACCGUACAAAGGUCGUCUUCCACCCUGACUUCCUGAACUCCAACAAUCCUAUCCUCGGUAUGGACUACGAGGAGUUCGUUCGCGGUUGCCACCUCGGCGUCUUCCCCUCGUAUUAUGAACCAUGGGGUUACACUCCUGCGGAGUGUACGGUGAUGGGUAUCCCUUCGAUCACGACCAACCUAUCCGGCUUUGGCUGCUUCAUGCAAGACAUCAUCGAACGUCCUCAGGACGAGGGCUGCUACAUUAUUGAUAGGCGCAGCCAAUCUGUCGAAGACUCUGUUAACCAACUCACAGAUCACAUGUUCUCCUUCGCCACCAAGACGCGCCGACAGCGUAUCAACCAGCGCAACCGCGUCGAACGUCUUAGCCCACUCCUCGAUUGGAAGAACCUCGGUAUUGAAUAUUCGAAAGCUCGACAGCUCGCCUUGCGUCGUGCGUAUCCGGACGCAUUCUACGGCGGCGAGGAGGACGAACAGUUCGAGUUUAGUGGUCCGGAGCGUAUGAUGCCGCACUCCGUGCCUGCUAGCCCUAGGUUUAGAACCUCGGGCUUUGCGACACCCGGCGACAUUGGUACUAUCACGGAAGAGAUGCAAGGGCUGUCAACCAGCGACUACCGCGGCUACCCAUGGCCCGCCGGCGCGGAAGAUGAGGAGGAAGGCUAUCCUUUCCCACUGGUAAUGAAGGUACGCUCGCGUGCCAGCUCAAUCAUGUCUGGCGCGAGUACGCCUGGCGGCGGCAAGUCCAACAGUCUCAGUGAGGGUGACCUGCGCAAGGCGGAUGCUGCACUCAGCCAUGUUCACGACUAUCAGGCGAAUGGUGUGAAUGGCAAACAUUGAUUGAUACUCAUGUAUCACUCCAACAGUGAAGAAAUUUGUGGCUUCAGCAGUGUAUAAUGCUAAUAUUUUUGCCUCCGCACUCGAAAAAAGUGAGCACUGCGCUUUACCGAAACUUGCUGGGGUGGUUUUGUGUUGUGACCGAGUCAGGGAUACUGUACUUUUACGACCGUAGCGGAUGGCCUUGUGACUGUGACAC